AGAUGGACCCAGUCAGAAUGUGGGCGGGUACUUCCGUUCCCCCUUGGCGAAGGCUCCCGCAGCUCCGCGACUGAGGGGAGACUCUCGUGUUCCGUGUCCUGCGCUGUGACCCGCUGCCGGGAGCUGUGAGGAGAGCCCGACGAGCUGGGAAUCCGCCAUGGAUGCAGUGACCUAUGAGGAUGUGCAUGUGAACUUCACUCAUGAAGAGUGGGCUUUGCUGGAUCCUUCCCAGAAGAGUCUCUACAAAGAUGUGAUGCUGGACACCUACUGGAACCUCACUUCUAUAGGUUACAAAUGGGAAGACCAUAAUAUUGAAGAACAUUGUCAGAGCUGUAGAAGAAAUGGAAGGUAA